CCUCGCUCUCCCGCCCCACCCGUUCCCUCCCCCACCUCCCACCUCCUCCACCGACCUUCAUCCUCAGCUCCAGCUCCACGAACCGAAAGAAAAUCAGCCAUGCCCGCCGUCAUCCCCGCCACACCAACGCUGACCGUCGUCGCCGACUACGCCGUCUUCGUUCUACGCUUCCCGCUAAUCUUCAUCAUCGCCGCGCUGUUCUCGCUGUCGUUCGGCGUGUACAUGAUCGAUGCCAUGGGUGCCUGGCCGCGGCCCCGGAGGGAAGCUGAAUCAGAGGUGAAGGGGAACGGGUUUGCGUCCCAUGGAAUUGCCUACUCGGAUGAUCGACAUCCGGCGGCCACGAGAGUGCGGUCCGAGUUCGCUUGAGGUCCACAUACAUACACACAUACGUACAUAUCGGUACCGGUACCGAGGAUUGAUCGAACGACUUGAUGUUGAUGUUGAUGGGACCAUGACAUGACAUGACGGUGGGAUGCUACGAUACGAUGCCAUGUUUAUGAACGGAUGCACUGGGGCUGAUGUUUUUGGACAUCAAUGUAAAUAAUUGAAAUGGGAGCCAGGCUUGUACCUUGAAAAAAAAAAGAAGAGAAUACCUACUACAAUCAAUCGAAGAAGCACGAUACGAUGACAAAACAUACCCCCUCUAAGAAGUACGUACGUCGAAACGGAACAAGCAAAUGACGUGCAUACGUACAUAACAAAAAG